CAAGUGUCGCACAAACGGGCGACCUUAAAUGGUAGUGGAUUGUUAGUUCAUUUCUAAGGUAAUCUUCGUGUUUCAUAACUUCGAAAAACAUGCGUGAGUGUAUCUCAAUCCACGUGGGUCAGGCUGGUGUCCAGAUUGGCAAUGCCUGCUGGGAGCUUUACUGUCUGGAACAUGGGAUUCAACCUGAUGGUCAAAUGCCGAGUGACAAGACCAUUGGAGAAGGGGAUGAUUCCUUCAACACAUUCUUCAGUGAGACUGGAGCUGGAAAGCAUGUCCCCAGAGCUGUUUUUGUGGAUCUGGAGCCCACUGUCAUCGAUGAGGUGCGCACUGGGACCUACCGGCAGCUGUUCCACCCUGAGCAGCUGAUCACUGGCAAGGAGGAUGCUGCCAACAACUACGCCCGUGGACACUACACCAUUGGCAAAGAGAUAAUUGACCUGGUGCUGGACAGGAUCCGUAAAUUGGCUGACCAGUGCACUGGUCUUCAGGGAUUCCUGGUUUUCCACAGCUUUGGAGGUGGUACCGGCUCGGGCUUCACCUCCCUGCUGAUGGAGCGUUUGUCUGUAGACUACGGCAAGAAGUCCAAGCUGGAGUUUGCCAUCUACCCAGCUCCCCAGGUGUCCACUGCUGUGGUGGAGCCUUACAACGCCAUCCUGACCACACACACCACCCUAGAGCACUCUGACUGUGCCUUCAUGGUGGAUAAUGAGGCCAUCUAUGAUAUCUGUCGCAGGAACCUGGACAUCGAGCGUCCUACCUACACCAACCUGAACAGGCUGAUGAGUCAGAUUGUGUCCUCCAUUACUGCUUCCCUUCGUUUUGACGGUGCCCUUAAUGUUGAUCUUACAGAGUUUCAGACCAACUUGGUGCCAUAUCCCCGUAUCCACUUCCCUCUUGCCACCUAUGCCCCUGUCAUCUCCGCUGAGAAGGCGUACCAUGAGCAGUUGACAGUGGCAGAAAUUACCAACGCCUGCUUUGAGCCAUCCAAUCAGAUGGUAAAAUGCGACCCUCGCCAUGGCAAAUACAUGGCCUGCUGCCUUUUGUACCGUGGCGAUGUGGUCCCCAAAGAUGUCAAUGCUGCCAUUUGCAGUAUUAAGACCAAGCGCACCAUCCAGUUUGUGGACUGGUGUCCCACUGGUUUCAAGGUCGGCAUCAACUACCAGCCCCCCACUGUAGUUCCUGGUGGAGACCUGGCCAAGGUCCAGAGGGCUGUGUGCAUGCUGAGCAACACCACUGCUAUUGCAGAGGCCUGGGCUCGGCUUGACCACAAGUUUGAUUUGAUGUACGCUAAGCGUGCCUUUGUCCACUGGUAUGUAGGUGAGGGUAUGGAGGAGGGAGAGUUCUCUGAGGCCAGAGAGGACAUGGCAGCUCUGGAGAAGGAUUAUGAGGAGGUUGGACUUGACUCUGUUGAGGGUGAGGGAGAGGGAGAGAACGAGGGGGAGUAUUAGAAAGCUCAGAAAGCCCCCAGUUAUACAGGAAAGAUAAUAAAUUUUGUUAUGAAAUACAUUUCAAUGUCGGCUAAGUUCCUAAGUUAAUACCAAGUCUUACACCAAGUGUUUUUGUUUGUUUUUUGAAUGUGCAUAACAUCAGCUAAACUUUUAUACUAUGUUUUAAUUUCUACUGAAUCAAAAACCUGCAACUCCAAUUUGUUAUUGCUUUUCAUUUAAAGUUUAAUGAUUUGUAUCUAUUUUCUUGGAAAAUGUUACAUCCUAGGGGCUCAAACAUGAAACAAUGUGAGAGGUUUGGAGGGGAAAUCUGGUGGAACUGAAAACAGCUAAAAACAACUCAGAAAGUAGAAACAUGACAAGGUGCUCCAAGUGGAAACUGCUAUUCACUAAAGCGGUCACUAGUCAAACAGUGUGGAAACUUUUGGCAUAAUCUGAAAGAUACAUUUCAUUUUAUAAGCAUAUCAUAGGUUCAUUUCAUGUUUUUUAUGUUCAGUCUUAAUCUUAGAUAGAUGUAGUCAGUAAAAGGUUAAAUAUUUCCCUUUGAAAUGUAGUGGAAUAUAAGCAAAACGUGAUAUAAGAUGGACAUACUCUAAAGUGCGAGUACCUCAAAACUGAACUGAACUACUUGUACUAAGUAGUAGUUACUAAGUUGAUACUUUCCAUCAUUGACAUGUAUAUCGCUGAUAAUACUUGUGUACUGUAUUUCUUUGAAUUCAGAACUUCAUUGAGUUAUUUUGUAGUGUUGUAUUUGUUGUUCUACUUCAAUAAAGUAUCUAAAUAUUUCUUGCAA